UUUAAAUUCAGACAUGUAUCAGCACUGCAUGAUACUUUGCUGGUAUAUCACGAUUAGGCAUGUUUACCUUUAUCAGUUUAUCUGCAACUUACUUACCUUACUUCUUUGGAGUGUAGCCGUCAUAGAUACAUUUAUAGAACACUAUAUUUAAUAAGUUUGUUUCGCAUUGCCAUGCCGAGCAAUCUGUGUGUAAAAUAUUACUAUGCAACAAAAUAUGCAUAAGUAGAACUCAUUGUGUUUUCUUCACAAUUCAGAUUCCGAAGAACGGGACCAGAAGACAAAAACAGUAAAAGAAUGGAGAAGUCUAGGCAAGCAUGGCAGUUGGGAUGAAAAUUACACCAGAGAGCUUCUGGAACAUAUACAGAAACACAAUGUUCAAAGUGAAACUGGGAAAAACAUUCGUAUUCUAUUGAUAGGACCAUACAUGUCGGGAAAAUCUUCCUUUGUGAAUACAGUGGCAUCAGUUGAUAGUGAAAGAUUUAGUAAUGUAACUGACUUCUGGUAUCAUACGUCACACAGGGCGCGAUAUCCUCCUCCAGUAGCACAGACAUUUAGACCUACGAUUCGAUUGAAGAAUUUCGAAUUGUUGGAUACAGUGCCUCUACAUGAGUGUUUUUUGAAUAUAAAGGAUAUUUUAUAUGUUGUCAAUGGAGACGUUCGGCCUGAUUAUGAGCUUAAUCCUGCCGACUUAGUUGAUGAGGAAAGUGUGUUUGUUAAGACAAAUCCCCAAAAUAAGGAA